CUGCGCCCAAAAUCAGUCCUGUUGCUUUGGAACUCAAUAUCAUCAUAGUCCUUCUCACUAUACGUCAAAAUGCGUGUCCAAAAUCUUUUUACUGCUGUCGCCGCUUGCGCUUCGUUGGCUUACGCCGCGCCGGUUGUCGUUGAGGCGUACGGCCCCCCUCUCAACCCUCACAUCCCGGCCGUUGAGUCCAAGAGAGAAAAUACGGUUGAAGCCUAUGGUCCUCCCGUCAACCCUCAUAUCAUCUCGAAGAAAGAUGCCGUCGAGGCUUACGGUCCUCCUACCAACCCUCACAUCAUCUCAAAGAAGGCAGUUGUUGAAGCUUACGGACCUCCUCUGAACCCACAUAUUCCCGCUGUUGACACCAAGAGAGACGCGGUCGAAGCUUACGGACCUCCUACGAAUCCUCACAUCAUCUCCAAAAAGGAUACGGUUGUUGAUGCAUACGGCCCGCCGACAAACCCGCACAUUAUCUCUAAGGAGUAGGGAAAUGAGGAGGAAUUUUCGUACGAAAGCAAAAGCAAGGCAUCUGUUAAUGACUGCAAGAGGCAAAGCAGAAUUGGCGGAUUUGUGUUUUAGCUAAACUGUGGCAAAGAACGUGCUGGGAGACAUGAGGGAGUCAGGAGUAUCGAUUUAACAAUGCGAAGACCAACCUUGAGCUCUCAACCAAAGUUCAUGAUACGCCGGGGUCUAGAAAUUGUGAAUGUAGAGAAAGCCAACCAACCACCCCUUCUGGCUCUUUCUUGCUUCAAGAUAUGACUGAUCACUGCAAAAACAAAAGGUUUCCGAAACCGAGAAUCGAACUCGGGGCUAUGCCUAACCUCUCAAAGAGAUGAGAGGGCAUCAUGUUGGCCACUACA